UGUUACCAUUUGACUAAGAAUACCUUACGUUUAGCUCGGUCAGCAUUUUCAUUGAUUUCGACAGGUUGAUUCGGUCAUUGAAACUUUCCGCUCCGUUUCAACACACCUUUUGAAAGUUUAGAACCUCUUCAAUACCUGCAAACGGAAACAUUGGAAGCAGCGUGGAAGGGGAAUUUGGAAGCAGCGUGGAAGGGGUUCAGAAUUUCGAUACCUUCUCACGAUGAAAGACUUUGCCCAAGUUGAAGAGAAAAUUCUUGUGGGACUUCUGAUCACUGCUGUGAGUUGUACCCUUUUUUUGAAUACUUUACAUUAGUCUAUGAAAUUUUUAUUAGUUAUUUUCAUCAACCAUGAUCGCGAAAGGCAUCACAUGGCGAGCUUAAAUUUUUAUUCCCUCAAAUCUUCAUUAUUAAUUAUUUUGAAAUCAUGGUGACGUUUGGUCACGUUCACUCCGAGACUCGUUUAUUCAGAAUGCCAUCAUGUCUUAUUACGAUCGCUUAACCGCUCUUAGCAAUCAUCUCGUAUGUAACCCGUUAGAUUAAACAUAAUUUACUACCUGUAAAUGCAGUUAUCGGUGGAUACGUGAUUUACUGAUUGGAGGGUUGCGUUGCAUGAAGGCAUCGGAUCGUGAAAUGUUAUUGAAGAACGAACGGAAUGAUGCUGAUGUAGCCGAAUAUUUCACGAACUUGAAUAUUUAGUUUGCCGAUCUUAUUUACUAAUAAUUUUUCACGCAUAACCUAGUUGUUGUUUUCAUCGGUAAAAUUUCCGCACAACCCCAUCCUAAAUUAUGUAUUCAGUUCUUGGAUAGAGAAAACAAUGUCAAAAACAAUACAUUGCCAUUGGGAAAACAAAUUUGUUUUACAAUAGUAUGGGGCUGUGCGAAAAUUUUACCAAAGAACGGAAUGAUGCUGAUGUAGCCGAAUAUUUCAUGAACUUGAAUAUUUAAUUUGCCGUUUUUAUUUACUAUUUCACGUAAAGCCUUGACGUGCUUUUCAAAUAAUUGGCUCAUCUGUAGAAAUGUUUUCCCCAAAAAAUUAUCUCACAAGGGCUUCUGUGAGUAAAGAAACAACUUAUUAAUGAUCAAACAGACAAAACAAUGUGAUCAUAUGUCAUCCAAAUGUCAGUCAACUCCUAGCCAGGUGCAGCAUGGAGGCCUGGGGCUAGUUAGGCUAUUCCCCCAAAGAAUUCAUGUAUGAAACAACAUUCCAAAAUUAGGAGUAUAAUCUUGAGAAGCUGUAUUCAUUACUUGUCACCCAUUUUAUGGUGGAAGACCCUAUCAAGUUUCACUAAUUUUUAAAGUAAUUAGAUGGUUGUAGCACAAUCGUAAGUAUAUAUACAUGUAUUUGCUACAGUCUAAAUAAUUUUCCUGAAUUGUUGGGGGUGGGGGCUAUUGUUACCUUGAAAAGUUAUGGCUUUGACAAACUUUUUACCCCAUUUCAAAAUUGUGUACUUUUCAUUUAAACCUGGGUGUGAUUCAUGUAGCGAAAGUUUUCAGUCAACCCUUUAACUCCCAGAAGUGAUUAACAUGUAACUUCUCCCCUAUAGUAUCCAUACAUUAUCCAGCAAACAGGUAGUAAGAAUACUCAAACUUAUCAGGUACAAGGUAUUAGGUACAAGGUAUUAUCUUGAUUGAACAGCAAAUUCUUGUAAUUCAAGGAAAUGUGUAGCAGCUAGAGGAGAGAAACACAAACAGAUCUUGGGAGUUAAAGGUUAAAGGGUGUAAGGAUUGGUCAGGAGCUGGGUCAUUGUUGUUAGUGUGGGAAUUAAAGCAGUGUAUGAUUACUGUUGUUAAAAAAAACAUGAUUUGAAGACUGAUAUAUGCCAAAAAUGACCAGAAAAAAGGGAAUCACUACUCUGAUGCAACAUUUUGCCAUUAUUAUCUGAGUUUAAUACUGAAAAUCAAUGAACUUUUUUACAUUAUAAUAUUCUUUGUUGCAGACUGUUUUAGUAGCACAAGGAUAUGGCAAUAGAUGUGAAAAAAAAGAUGAAAUUGAGCUAUAUGAGAAGCAAAACCCCGCUACCUAUAUAUGCUGGCCUUUUCCUGAGUGCCUUGAUGGGCAGGAGCCAACAGUGGAACCUGGUUCAAGGCAUCCCAUGGGGACAGAUGUAAGCUGUCAAAGCUGUCAGCAGAAUUUCUUCUCAAACAAGGGGACAAAUAUCAGGUGCCGCAAGUGUACUUCUUGUGGUAAAAGACUUGAAGUUAGUCCUUGCUUAUCUGCGAAGGACAGAGAAUGUGCUGAUAUGUGCAUUUCAAAUGGUUACUACUUUAAUAGCACAGACAAAGAAUGUCAUAGAUGUACCAAGUGUUGUGAAGGUGACAACAUUAACAUUGAGUCACAGUGUAUAAAAUUAACACCUGGUACAGUGAUUGGAGGAAAAGGCCAGAAACAUUGCAGGAGAUCAUCAAAACCAUGCAACGAUCUGCCAAAGAAAAAUCUUACAUCAAGUGGAUGUGACUGCAACUGUACAGUGCUAUCUGAUAGCUCUUUUCUGAAAGGCAGUGACAGACAAAUGAAUUGCUCAUUAUCCAACAAUACAAGUCUAAUAGGAAAGGGACAGACAAAUCAAAAUUUGUCUUCUGCCUUAAAGCAGUGUCACUCCUUUGAUAGAGCACAUAUUGCACUGUCAUGUCUUCUGGGAUUGUGUGUAGCAGUUAUUGUAUUCUUGAGCUGGCUAGCUUGGAAGAGAAAGAAGCAGUCAUCGCAUGGGUGCUCUAGUUUGAGGAAAGUUACAUGUUUACCUACAUGUAGCUCCUUAGCAGGUAAAUUUAUAAUAAAAUGGUAACAAAUGUGGUUACUUAUAUUGUGUAUAACCAUAUAAUGAUCUGUCAUCCUUCACUUUAAAUACUGACUUUGUUAGAGUUACUUGCUUAUUUUCUUAGUGCUAUUACUACAUCAAUAAUCAUAAAAAUGACAGUUUCCUUGAUUGUGAUUGGUUUAAAAAACUCUUAUUUUCCUCUUAUUCACCUGCCAAGUUGUUAUAAGACAGUUUAUUAUUGGACAGUUCAAUGAGCCAUUCACAUUCAAAGUUAUAGUUUAAGUCAACCAACAAACAAUUAAAAAAAAACCUCCUUUGUCACUCUUUUUAUGCAAAUUUUCCCUUUCUUUCUUAACUUGGCUAUUCUUCUUUUUUGGAAAUAGUGACUUUUAUGAUUAAUUGGUAAUAAGACUUCAUGUUGUCUAAUUCUUUCUGUAAUCAUGCUUGUGAUAAACAAAUCAGACUUCUGCUGCAUGAUUGUCUGAUUUUGUUAUCACUUGUAUGAUUACAGACUGAAUUGGACUUCAGUCAGUCCUAUAACCAUUACUUAUUAUAUGACAGAGGUAGUGUAGUCAGUGUAGUCAGUUGUUAGGGUAUUGUGCUUGUAGUCUAGUGGUCCUGGAUUAAAGCUCUCCACCUUGCUACUCACUGGAUUUGUUCUCAGUCCAGUGUUCAGGUUCAACUCCUUACCUGCACUUUGUAUACACAUGUAGUAUACUCUUCCCAGUUGGGAUUUUUCAAUACUACAUGACUGUAAGUUUAUUCAUUCAUUCAUUAGUUCAUUCAUUUGUAUUGGCACCAAAAAGCCCCUUUGUGGGAGUGGUCAAUUAAGUAUAUGUACAAUAAGUUUCUGACUUCUGCUAUUCUUUUUUCUUAUUCUCCUUGAAAUUUUUUUCUAUAGAGAGGAGACCUUUUCUUACAGGCUCUAAUUCCUGCCAGGAAAAGCUUAAUGUCAUACCUGAAGGUUAGUGAUGAACCCUACUGUAUUAUACUAUUUAAAGUGUACAUAUUAUUAAAAAAUAAGGUUGAGGUUCAUUAAAUCAAAACCAAAAGAAUCACAACAAUGAACUAUAGCAUCACAGGGUCAUCAGUUUCACCACUAUCACAUGUUCCCCUCUUAAAAUAAAGUCUAUUGAUUGAUUGAUUGAUUGACAGUAAGUGAGAGCUUAAAGUAAAAACAAACUAAUUGUGUUUGAUGUGUCGGGAAGAAGAGAUGUUUGGUUUAUUUUUUUUAACUGAUUGGUUUGGAGAGUGGCAAUCACAACGAAAUAAAACAAAAUGAAAGGUAAUACUUGAUUGUUCAGAGACUCAAUUGAAAGUUACUCAGUCUGUUCAAUGAUACAGUGUCUAUUCUCAAAGUGCACUACCCUUGCAGCUCCAUUUUACUUUAACCCUUAAACUCCCAAGAUCUCAUUAGCAAUUCUCCUUACUGUUUGCCAAACGAUUCUCAUCAUGCUAGUUUGAAGAAUUUGGUAUCAGAUCGAGUAGUAAUUGUAUAGUUGAUAUUUUUUUAAUUCUCAUCACUUGUCUACAUGAUAUGGUAUAGAUAUAGUAAGGAGAAAUUCUGUCUUGGUAACUCAUGGGAGUUAAAGGGUUGAAGCAUUUCAAGCUGAGUUAAUGCCACUCUUAAUUUUGAUACAACUUGUGCAGACUAUGACAUUUUAAGCACUUUAAAAACUAGUUUUAUUAUAUUUUCAAUGUUGCAUCUUCAAGGAAAUCAUGACAAUGUUUAAUUUAGAGAAAUUUCACUUGUUCGUAUUAAAAUGUGUCAGUUACAUAUCAUUCUAAGUCAUGUAAAUUAAACUUGACAUAUAAAAGUGAAUUUCAACAUCAUCACCACAACAAUCAUUAUCAGUGUUAUCAUGAUUAUAGUUAUUAUUAAUUAUGGUUAUUACUAUUAAUAUCAUAUUCAUUAUAGAUAAAGGGGCUGUAAGACUCCAUGUAAUUUACAAUUUCUUAUAGUUAACUUAUGACCCUUUUUUCAGACAUAAAACUUGAUAAGCUGCCAUUUGAAGUUGAAACCGAACUCAUCAAAAUGUUGAAUGCAAAAAAGGCUCCUUUACCAAACUGGUGGGAAGUGGGUCGUACGAUUGAAAUUCCGGAUUCAGAUCUUGAUACAAUGAAGAUAGAGGAGAACAGAGAGGGAGGAAGUCCUACAAAAUCAUUGCUAACCUUUUUAUCUGCAAUGGAGACAGUUCUCUCUCUUAAGGAAUUUGUACAAGUUAUUCAUGACCUAAGACGACAUGACAUUUGCAGGGCCAUAGCUGGAUUGUAUCAAAAUCAAAAUAGCAGUGAUACACCAUGAACCAUCUUUUUUGGCCUUAUUCUGUUUGUGCUCCUUUAUGCAUACCUGAUCGUAAAUAUAUAAAUACAUGAAUGCCCUUUUGAUGUCCAGUGCUGCUGGGAAAGAGUGCAUAGCACACAUUAGGUAGAUCUGUAGUUACAAACCCAGUAUAAUACUGAAGGAUACUUUGAGGUGCAAAAUAAUAAUUUUAUUUUGCUACAAUGCAAUUAGCCCAAGGAAACAGGGACUAAACUGCUUCUGGGUGGGGUCAGAGGGAAGAGGGAGGUGGAGGAGGGGGUUCAUUAGACAGAAGGCUUCUUGAAAACCUGCCAACCCACUCAGGGGGCUUAGUAGAUAUUAGAGAUGUUUAAUACCCAUAAAAGGUAUUAAAAAGGGCAAAGCCUAGGGGUUCAAAAAGAAUUUUACUUGGGAAAUACUUAUCAGUGGAGACAAAUACCAUAAGAAUGUGAAACAAUUUUGUGUAUGAGAUUCCAAUAAUAAAAGCAAUGGGAAUUAACUCAUUAGGGGAAAGGAAACUUAAUAGGGGAAAAAAGUAGGCUACAACUGCCUGUAAAUAGUGUAGUAGACAUUACAAAUUGUAUCACAAAAAAGAAAAUGCCAAAAAAAAAUAUAAAAUGAAGAAAAUAAAAAUAAAAAAAUUAAAACAAAAUUAAAAUUAAAAAAAAAAACCAAAACAAAACAAAAACGAGCCAAACAAAAAUUAUGAUUAGUACAAGUAGUAUCAAUGGCACUAUUUACUAGAUACACUCGCUGCUUUUGCACAUCAGUCUGCUGUAUUUGAAAUACUAGUUUUUUGCCAUCCUGUUUAGGAAAUACUGUAAAGUUAUGGUUGACUUUUUAUAUUUUAAUCAUAACACAUGAAAGGAGUAUUGCUUUUUGCAUUUGUAUUGUGUAUAUAUUAUUGUGCAUUUUGUAUCUCAUAUUGGGAAUAAUAAGGUUUGUACCAUGUGCAAUUAAGUAUUUUUUAAGGAAAAUAGUAACUGUAGCCGUUAAUUUUUAUCAACUUGCCUCCUAUGUUGUCAUCUAUCAAUUAAUCAAGUUACUGCUGACCAUUAAUGACUACACUAUCUCUGUAUGACAAGAGGUAUUUAUAACAGUUGAACCUGUAGUAAGUGGCACCAUAUUAAGUGGUCACCCUGUACUAGGUUCGGUUUUAAAGUCCCAAAAUCUGUUCCCCUUAACUGCUGUAAUUUUUGUCUUUAUUAACCCUUUAAACCCUAAGAGUGAGAGGUAUUAUCUAGCCCUGUAGCUUUAGUUUUUGACAAUCAAUUCAGAUGAGUAAAGACAACACUGGCAAUUGUUGGACGAAAACAUAAUUUAAGCAUCUAGUUUCUCCUGAC